AGUUCAUGAGUUUAUUUGACCUUUUAGCCAAAAAAGCAUACAUCCCUUUGCUGACAACUUUAGGGGCAAUUUUACCCCUUUUCCCAUAUAUACGUCUCGGAAGAGCGCAUCUAAAACAAAAUUCCCAUCUAAAAUGGCCGCUGGUGCAGUUUCCGGAUGCAUAUUUUGUCAAAUCGCCACCACUUCCACCUGUACCACUCUCCUCCACUCCGAUGAAAAUGUAGUAGCUUUUCAGGAUAUCAACCCUUCAGCUCUCAGGCAUUACUUGGUAAUUCCAAAGGAGCAUAUUCCUACCGUUAAAGAUCUCAAGAAAAGCCAUAAUGACUACUCCUUGGUGAACCACAUGCUAGAUGUUGGAAAGAGUUUGUUAUGCAGAGAUGCACCUCAGAGCAAGCAAUACAGGUACAAAUUCUUGAAGACAUGGAAUUUGAUGGAAGUUUUCUCGCACUUAAAAUAAAUGUAUAUAGUGAAGACCUCAAGUUGAUGGCAGUUAAAUGAGGUUAACACCGUGGUAUGAUCUUGGUCACAAACAUAGUGGUGCAGUCUCUUUUCCCAGCUGGGUCUGCUGUCUGAUUUAGAACUUGGUCUGCUCUGGACCUGUGAUUUUUUUGUCAGAUUUGGAUUUCAUCAGCCUCCUCUGAACAGUGUUAACCACCUUCAUCUCCAUUGCUUAGCACUUCCUUAUGUUCCCAGUGGUUAGGCUGUUAGCUAGUUGGCUGCUCCAGUCCGCCUGAGCUAAUUUUACUGGCCGGGCUAGGGGUAGAAGGGCACCCAGCCAGAGCCUCCUCAAUUUCGGCAAAUAGCUUAUAAUUCUAAGUGAAACCUUUUUAUUUUGUUUUACGUGAAUGGUUUGUUUUCUGAGUUGGAUGAGAGUAGGGGGUGGGCACCGGUCGGGACGAUUCAGGAUUCGGAUUAUCCCGGUCCCAACCCAAUUAGUAAUAAUUGUACGAGACGGUACAUGACAAGCCUUUGUCCUAGUCUUGUCCCAUUUAAAUUGGGACCGGCUGAAUUAGAACGGUUCGGGAUGUUCUAAACUGAUAAAAGAGUAUUUUACAAAAAAUCAUUAUUUGUAAUUAUAAUAUAUUAGCAUUUCUAAAGUAUCAUGCAC